UCGUUGUUUGUUUACAUCCUGGCCUCCAGCACUAAGCGAGUUCACCUGGAAUGGAAAGGACUGGAUUCUGACGAUGACACGGCUCCGAAAAGCUUCCAAGAAGUGCGAAGGAAGCUUUGUGUAACUUUUGGCGGGAAUCAAGGCUAGCAAAACCUCAGCGGUUUGCUACUGCUAAAACGGCCCGGGCCGCCCCACCCGCCCCGCCUUGAGCUAGAGUAGACGUCUCUAUGAUCAAGUAAACAUAGAGAAGCCUCUCUCUUCACUACGGGGUGGAACUGCGCAUGAGUAGUAGCUGCCGCGUUGGAAAGAUGGCGGAGGAAGAACCAAGAAGAAAGAUCCCUUUGGUUCCAGAGAAUCUCCUGAAAAAGAGGAAGGCUUAUCAGGCCCUCAAAGCCACCCAGGCAAAACAGGCGCUUUUGCAAAGGAAGGAGCAGAGGAAAGGAAAACAAGUCAAGUUUAAGCGACUAGAAUGGUUUGUACAUGAUUCCUGGCGGCAACUUCGGGACAGAGUGCGACUCAGACGGCUAAAAGUGAAACCUCAUGCCUUGGAAGUGCCAGACAAACAUUCCUUGGCCUUUGUUGUACGCAUUGAAAGGAUUAAUGGGGUGAGUUCAGUGGUGCAAAGGACCAUUGCCAGACUUCGCCUGAAUAAGAUUUUCAGUGGUGUCUUUGUGAAAGUGACCCCUAAAACCAUAAAGACGCUUCGUAUCGUGGAACCUUAUGUGACCUGGGGAUUUCCAAAUCUGAAGUCUGUUCGGGAACUCAUCUUGAAACGUGGACAAGCGAAGGUCAAGAACAAAGUCAUUCCUCUGACAGACAACACAGUUAUUGAGGAGCACCUGGGAAAGUUUGAUGUCAUUUGCUUGGAAGACCUCAUUCACGAAAUUGCCUUCCCGGGGAAGAAUUUCCAGGCAAUCUCAAGGUUCCUGCGCCCUUUCCAACUCUCAGUGGCCCGUCACGCUACGAAGAACAGAGUGGGCUUCCUCAAGGAAGUGGGCUCGCCGGGCUAUCGAGGUGAACGCAUCAAUCAGCUCAUCCGGCAGCUGAACUGAACCCAGCAUACCUGAAAACAGUGCACUGGAAGCAUGUGUUUUUGUUUUAUGGAAUUGUCGCUCAGUAUCUUCAAGGAAGAUUGUUUUCUGCUAGAAUAUAUCUUCAGAAACUGGAGGAAAGGGUCAGGGGAAACAUGGUGAUGUUCACAGCAGGCACUUCCACCUCAGUUCCAAGGAAAAGUUACUGUGUGUUUUCUGUGAUGACCACCGUCCACCUCUGAAACCAGCAAAGGACUGAUGCCAUGAAGAAGAAGUCCUCUUUUAUCACGUCUAUCCUGGGCUUUACUGUUGGUGAAUGGACACUUAGCUAUGAAUACAAGACAGCAGUGGACCAAGCCCAGGAGCAUGUUGAACCUGGGGUUUCCUGGGGCCUUGUUUUUGGAAGAACUUGAAGUUAGAAUUAAAUUAGAACUUGAAAUUAAAAUGUAAAAGCACAUAAAAACAGUA